AUGCACUCUUUGCGUGGCAGUGGGCUGCGCCUGCUUACCCGGAGAGCCGUAUUAACUCCACUACCCCUCAGUCGCCUCACUCCCCAAUCGCCCACACUCCGCUCUCCCUUCUCCCUCUCCCUCUCUCACACGAGUCGAGCAACAACCAUGGAUGACAACGUGAAGCAACACUACCUGGCCGACUCGCCGCCCAGCGUGGUCCGCCUAGAAAUCAAGUCACACUUCGACACCCUCAAAGAUGAGAGCCUUCGGAAAUAUGCCCACUACAUGAGCAGAGCUGCAUUUGAGGGUACUCGUGUUACGUUGCGCCAGAUAUCGCCGGAGUCAGAGCCUAUUUAUGAUCUCAUUCUCGCCCUCCACGGCGCCUGCAAUGGCGACUGGGCCAGUCUGGCGCAGGAGACCCACGUCAGCGAUGAACACCUCCGCUUCUUCCUCGAAUAUGCUGCUCAGUUCUUGGGUAACUGUGGUAACUACAAGGGCUUUGGUGACUCCAAGUUCAUUCCUCGUCUCCCGGCCUCUGCCUUCGAGGCUCUGGCAUCGAGCUCGCCGAAGACCAAGGCGGCUUUUCAGAAGGCGAACAGCACUGGAGGCGGCAUCUAUGAGACCAGUGAACAGUCUAUGAUGCAUCUAGGAUAUCCUACCAGUGGCCACAUGACUACCUACUACCCAGACUCGCCCACUAUUACCAAGGAUGAAAUCACCGCGGUUGGUGACUUGAUGGAGAAGAAGGGCCUAGCAUUGGAGAACACUAGAAUCCGCAAGACAGCUUCAGGCGACUUUGAGCUGCUGAUUGCGUCUGGAGUGUCCAACCCCCCGGUGAGAGACCGCGAUCUCGGUGAGAUGAAUACCUUCGAGCUGGAGGGAGCUUUGAAGGGGAAGAUCCUGCGCCUGGUCUUUGGAGACUACCUAGAGGAAAUGGCCAAGGUUGCCCACAGCGUCAAGCAGGCCGAGCGUUACGCGGCAAACCCUAACCAAAAGAAAAUGCUGGAUGCCUAUGCUCUUUCGUUCGGUGCGGGCUCUAUUGAAGCUUUCAAGGAGAGUCAGCGUAUCUGGGUCAAGGACCAAAAGCCUGCACUGGAGACCAACUUGGGAUUCGUCGAAACCUACCGGGAUCCUCAUGGUGUGCGUGGAGAAUGGGAGGGCUUUGUCGCUCUGGUGAACUUGGAACGAACCCGGGCAUUCGGUGCCCUGGUGGACAGUGCCGAGAGCAUGAUUCCCAAGCUUCCCUGGGGUACUGAUUUCGAAAAGGACAAGUUCCUCAGUCCCGACUUCACAUCGCUGGAGGUCCUCAGCUUCGCUAGCUCUGGCCUUCCCGCUGGUAUCAACCUUCCCAACUACGAUGACAUCCGCCAGAACCUGGGCUUCAAGAAUGUGUCUCUUGGCAAUGUUCUGAGUGCAAAGGCCCCCAAUGAACCCAUUCCCUUCAUCGCUGAGAAGGACGUUGAGGUUUUCCGCCGCUGUCGCGAUGCUGCCUUCGAAGUCCAGGUCGGUAUUCAUGAGCUCCUGGGCCAUGGUACUGGCAAGCUGCUGCAGGAGACCGCACCAGGAGAGUACAACUUUGAUAUCUCCAACCCUCCCAUCAGCCCCGUGUCUGGCAAGCCCGUAUCGACCUGGUACAAGCCAGGUCAGACCUGGAGCUCAGUGUUUGGGGCCAUUGCUUCCUCAUAUGAGGAGUGCCGUGCUGAAUGUGUUGCCAUGGCCCUGGGCUGUGACUUUGAGAUUCUGAAGAUCUUCGGUUUUGGUGACGGCAAAGAGAACAUGGCCGGUGACGCCGGCGAUGUUCUCUUCGCAGCCUAUCUCCAGAUGGCCCGCGCCGGUUUGAUUGCUCUGGAGUUUUGGGACCCCAAGACCCAGAAAUGGGGCCAGGCUCACAUGCAAGCUCGCUACAGCAUUCUGCGCACUUUCCUUAGUGCUGGCGAUGAUUUUGUCAAGCUGUCCUACACCAAGGAAGACCUGUCAGAUCUGGAGAUCCUCCUGGACCGGUCCAAAAUUCUAAGCCACGGUCGCCCUGCUGUUGAGAAGUAUUUGCAGAAGCUGCACGUCUACAAGAGCACCGCUGAUGUAGAGGCUGGCAAGGGUUUGUAUGAUGAUAUCACCUCGGUAGACACCUGGUGGGGCACUGAGGUCCGUGAGGUUGUUUUGAAGAACAAGGUGCCUCGCAAGGUGUUUGUACAGGCCAACACCAUUCUGGACGGAGAUAAGGUGACAUUGAAGGAAUACGAACCAACUCUUGAGGGUAUGAUCCAAAGCUUCGUGGAUCGCAAGGUGUAA